AUGCUGGCUAUGUCGACGCUACUAGACAUUGAUGUCUCUUCUGAACUGGAAGCUUUUGAUGAUAUGAGCCUUGUCUCUUACGACCGCAAAACUCUUCUUCCGGAGCCAGACAUCCAGGUGAAACUGACUGUGCUCAUGAAUAACUUCCAAGUUAUACACCCCCCCAAGGUGCCUACCUUAUACACUGUUCUCUCAGCAGGCGACUUGGCAAGCAAUGCCCCAGUGUAUGGCGAAUAUACACACCCUGUAGUCUUAGACCAUAACGCUGUUGUUGAGAUUGUUCUGGAGAACCAGGACACUGGCUCGCACCCAUCGCAUCUACAUGGGCAUUCAUUUCAGCUACUUACCCGCUACCCAAGCUACGGGGCUGCUUUCUACGACUACUCUGCUGAUAUGACCUUCGCUACCUACAAUUCCUCCAACGAAACCAUCGCCAGCAGUUUUCCAACAUACCCAGCCCGCUGUGAUACUCUUGCGCUCCCCCUGGAGGCUACAUUGUUAUCCGGUUUGUCGCCGAUGACCCCGGGGCUGGCUAUGACCUUCGUGAAGAACCCGAUGGUGCUUCAGCAGCGUCCCUGA